AUGGAAGAACUCCCAAUCGAACCCAAAGGCAUACUUUGGCGAAAUGAUUUCAUCGACGCCGAGCACGAAGCACGGCUUAUCUCAAUUUUCCUCAACGAGUUAGAAUGGCCCGAUCGGCCAGGGCGUAUAUCACUGCAUUAUGGCUACACAUUCGACUACAAGACAUUCGGGCUAGACCCAGACAUUCCCUAUAAGGAAUUUCCCGACUGGCUAAAGCCACUUAUUCCAACCACAGAGUCCCGCCCUCCAGAGCAGGUCUGUUUACAAUAUUACCCGCCUGGCUCGGGGAUUCCCCCACAUACCGAUGCGCAUAUGGCCUAUGAUCAGCUCUAUGCGUUGUCGCUGGGUGCGCCGACUAUUAUGCAGUUUCGAAAGGGGGAACGUCGUGUGGAUGUUGAUCUGGAGCCACGGAGUAUGAUGCAGAUGACUGGGGAUUCGCGGUUGCAUUGGACUCAUACUAUUACGAAACGCAAGACCGAUACCUUAAAGGAUGGUACUGUCAGAUUGAGGGAGAAACGGUGGAGUAUUACGUACCGAUGGGCGAGACUCGAGGGGGAAUGUGAAUGUGGGAAUGUUGAUUUGUGUGAUGUUGCUCAGCGACGACUUGGUGUUGAGAAGGAGAAACGUUCCGUGAAAAAGUUAGCGGAAAGUUCUGUUGAAGAAACUAGCUCGUCGUGA